CGAAAGUGUUGGGUUGACUAUAUAUAAAUCCUUCGACUCAGAAAAGAAGUUGCAUUUCUCUUCCAUUCUAAAUACAAUCGAAUCAGAUUACUUUUUCUCUUACAAGAAUAAAGUAACCUCUGUAAAUCGAUAAAAAAUGUCUAGAUCAGGGCUGCAGAUGAAAGUUUCGUCCAGCUUACCUUCUUUUUCGCCUUAUUUCGAAAGAAGGGGAGCACGUGGACGAGCUGAUUCCGAACCCAAGAAUCUGUUUGCUAUGGGAGAAGAGAUAACUACAAAAAAUGCUAAGGGACAGUCCUUGAUUUUCUAUGCCAUUCGUUUUGGACAUAAAGGCUUGGCCAGGGAGUUACUGGAGAAGGGCUGUGAUCCAAAUGAAGCAGACAAUUCGAACCAUUAUCCCAUCCAUGAAGCUGUAGAUCAAUCAGAGAUCACGAUGAUAAAACUUCUCAAAGAAUAUGGUGCCGAUCUCAAUGUUAAAAAUCUCUUAGGCCAGACUCCUCUCAUGAGAGCUGUUCUUUUUGAUGAUGUUUUGAUUGUGAAAACUCUCCUUGAAGCAGGUGCAGAUCCUUAUCAGAGAGACAUUUCGGGCCAAACCCUCAUCGACUUUGCGCUUUCUACAGGCAGAGAGAACACGUGUCUCUACCUGAUACAGAAUGGAUACGAAUCCCUGACCAAGGAUAACAUUCACCUGCAUCACCUGACCACAUCUGAGAGGUCCGGCACUGUGGUCAACUCUUUAAUCAAUUUUCUAACCAACAUGAAGAAAAAGAAGGGACUGGUCAAAAACAAAAUAGCAGAGAAAAGGAAAAGCCUCGCACCCUUGAAGAUUAAUUUUACGUUUUCGAAGAAAAAUCUAUUAAAGAAAAAGAAAUGUGUUGGUCCAGUUAAACGAGAUACUGACUUGCCUAAUUUUGCAAUUCUAAAUAUUCAUUGAUUCCAGCUAUAGAAGCACACUGAAAUCCUUUGAAUUAUUUCAAAUUUAAUCAUAAAUUUGAUUUCAGAUACGUGUAUGUACUAUGUACACUUAAUUUUUGUAU